AUGGCUGAUGCUGAUUCCAUCUCCCACAGUAGGAUCGUGCCCAUCAUGUCUCCGGGAAGAUUAACUUCACAGCCGGUAGGCAGGGGGUCCGGGAAGCGGGCUGGGGGAGGAAAGACGAUGCUGCAGGAGAACGACCUGCACAUCGAGUGCCUGAAGGAGCGGCGGCUCUACGCCGUACCGACCCCGGGAGACGGCAAUUGCCUUUUCUACUCCCUUUCCGACCAGCUCUAUGGUCGCCAGGACCGGCAAGGAGAAAUCCGAGACCGGGUGGUCGAGCACAUCCGCACCAACGCGGCCUACUUUGUCCAGUUUGUGUCGGAUGUGGGAGGGGAGAGGAGAGCUCCCAAGCGAGCAGCGGCUGCCCGGUCAAAACCACAGUCUUUCAGUGACCGGACAGCGACCUCGGAUGGCCAGUGGGCCAAAUUCGAGAAGCUGCUCACGCAGAUGAAGGAGACUGGAUUCUGGGGCGGGUCGGUGGAGAUCCAAGCCUUCUGCCAGGCUUACCAGAGAGAUGUCUACGUCUAUACGGACCACGGCAUCACUCCCUUCACCAGCCAUGGCGGCCUGGAGGGCAAGGAGAACGAGCCGGUGCACAUUGCUUAUCACAACUUUCAGCACUAUUCAUCUGUGCGGAGUGUUGAUGGGCCACAUAACGGGGCUCCUGAACUCUCGCGGCCGCUGGGAUGCCAGGGCAGUAGCUCACCUAGCGAGGAGAGACAGGACGGGGCAUCAUCCGGAUCCGCAUCCACAUCGACGGAUGAUUCAACUGCUGCAACCAAAGAAGGGGAGGCAGGCCCGAAGUCUUCUACUGUCGCAGAGGCGUGCCCUGAAACCGACAAAGACGAGACAGCAGGCAUAGCAGAUCUUGAUGAGGAGACGUUCCAGACCCUCCUGCCUGCCUUUGAAGCAGUCUUUGUCCGGAACUUACAGCUACUCCGGAAUGAGUCCGCGGUUGCCGCAGCAUCUACUACGCACGACUGCUGCUUGUCGUCUCGCCCUCCGUCUCUGGUUGCAGGUUGUGGUAGUGCUAGCAGCACCUUGACCACACCAGCCUCUACUCCCGCGUCCCUUUGUGCACCGGUAUCCAAACCCGCAGAGCCUACUGCUGCUCCUUCUUCUGCGGCUUCCACUCCCACCACUGCUGCAGCUUCAUCGACCAGUCCCACGAAGACUCCUCGCCGACGCCUGAUCAGGGGAAUCCGUCCAACCGCGCGCACACUACUACGCGGCUCGUCAUCCCGCUCAUCAUCACGCAACAGCACAGCCAGCAAACGAUCUGCUGGCCGCAGUGAUGAUGAAGACGAAGAUGGCCAUGAUGACGAGAACCCCUUGACCCGACGUCGACGAGGCGGGGACCGAAAACGCCGCAUCCUCCAGGACGUGACUCUCGGAAUCUCUGCUGCAGGUACAACCAGCAGUCAAGAUGACGGAGACUGCAGGAUCAUCUCUGUCAGGCCGAGAGACGUGGCUGAGGAUGUCGGCUGCAGUGGCGGAAAGGUCGACGAGUCCGUCUCGUCAGACACCGUGGAAGGAGAAGAAGAGGAAGAAGGGGAGUCAUCUUCGAACGCAGGAGUAUCAACUACUGGCGAGAGUGAUAGCGAGUUCGAAGGUGAUUAG